CUCAGCGGUAGCCGCGGGCGCAUCAGCCGGGCAGCGCCCCCGCUCUGCGCCGCACCUGCCCUGCCAGCUCCGGGGCGCCCAGGAUCGGCUGCCCGGCGGGGCGCCCGGCAGCCCGGAGCAGGGGGUCCCCCAGCCGCCGCCGCCGGGGCUCCUGGCUCGGGCAGGGCAGCUGCCCCGCCGGCUCCCUGCCCGGCUGCCCUCCAGGAUGAGCCCGCAGUACUCCCUGCGCUCCCUGCUGCUGGUCAUCCUCGCCGCCUUCUCGGCCAACGCCAGCAACUGGCUGUACCUGGCAAAGCUGUCCUCCGUGGGGAGUAUUUCCGAGGAAGAGACCUGUGAGAAGCUGAAAGGGUUAAUCCAGCGCCAAGUGCAGAUGUGCAAGAGGAACUUGGAGGUGAUGGACUCGGUACGCCGGGGAGCCCAGCUGGCCAUCGAGGAGUGCCAGUACCAAUUCCGUAACCGUCGCUGGAACUGCUCCACACUGGACACCCUGCCGGUCUUUGGCAAGGUAGUGACACAAGGGACACGGGAAGCAGCUUUUGUGUAUGCCAUCUCCUCCGCGGGGGUGGCCUUUGCAGUGACUCGAGCCUGCAGUAGUGGAGAGCUGGAGAAGUGUGGCUGUGAUCGGACUGUGCAUGGUGUCAGUCCUCAGGGCUUCCAGUGGUCUGGCUGUUCCGAUAACAUCGCCUACGGAGUGGCCUUCUCACAGUCUUUCGUUGAUGUCCGGGAGAGAAGCAAAGGCGCCUCCUCCAGCAGGGCGCUCAUGAACCUCCAUAAUAACGAGGCUGGAAGGAAGGCUAUCCUGAACAACAUGCGGGUAGAGUGCAAAUGCCAUGGUGUGUCAGGCUCGUGCGAGGUGAAGACCUGUUGGAAAGCAAUGCCUCCCUUCCGCAAAGUGGGCAACAUGUUAAAGGAGAAAUUUGAUGGGGCCACUGAAGUUGAGCAGAGAAAGAUCGGCUCCACCAAAGUCCUGGUGCCAAAAAACUCCCAGUUCAAACCACACACGGAUGAGGACCUGGUCUACCUGGACUCCAGCCCGGACUUCUGUGACCAUGACCUAAAGAAUGGGGUCCUGGGGACCAGUGGCCGGCAAUGCAACAAGACUUCCAAAGCUAUUGAUGGCUGUGAGCUUAUGUGCUGUGGGAGGGGCUUUCACACAGACGAAGUGGAGGUGGUGGAAAGGUGCAGUUGCAAGUUCCACUGGUGCUGCUUUGUCAAAUGUAAACAGUGCCACCGAGUGGUAGAAAUGCAUACGUGCCGGUGAUGCCGGGAUGUCCGUCCCCUCUAUAACUGACCCUUCCUCUCCCCUGCCUGUUGCCCCAGGACUGGAGGAGGUGAUCCGGACACCUCAAGGAGAGGGUUGUGUAAAGAGACACCGAGUGCAAGAGAAAGAUAUUUAAAGUUCCAAAAGUGAUUGUUGUAUUUUUGCCUUUAUUUAUUGCCGAAGCCAGAGCCCUCCUGAUCUGCAUGUGCUGGAAGGGUCGCACAUGCGCUCGAUGCUGCUGCUGGGCUGGGGCCAGGCAAGGGGGCUUUGUGGCGCCCGCCCCCAAGAACCUGCCCCUGUCAGACGAACUCCCACUGACUGACCAAUGGAGCAUUUCGGUCCGCGUAGAUUUUAAACUGAAACAAAACCUAGCGUUAGGCACUUUUAUAUUGGUCUUUUAUAUUACAGCUACUUCAGACUCACAACAAACCGCAGGCCUGGCCUGAGGCUCCCGGAGUCUGUUCUCAUAUUGGCUGGUUCCGUACCACGUGCCAGGAGAAGAGAGAGGGCAGAAGCCAGGGGAGCAUCCCAAGCUGCCCCGGGGAUUGUGCUGUUGCCAGGAACUGAGCUGCUGGGACCAGCUGAUUCCGCAGACCAGAGAACUUUGUGCAGAAGUUAAAAUGUGGGGAAGGACAAAACUAGUGGUCUGGUUCCAAGCCCCUGGCUUUUUCUUCGUGUUGUUACGCGGUAGGGUUCUCCCUUUGGGUCUAAGCCACUGGAAGCGGUGAGGGACGCUGUCCACCACGGAAGCAGGAGUCAGGAGAACAGACCCCCAACUGCACAGAAACUCUUUCAUCGAAGGUGGAAUCUGCUUCACCAACAGCCCCCGGUGCCAUGAGCCCAUAUCCACUCGUGCUGUUCAGCUCCAACCGCCCUGGGAGGCUGACGGCCUGUCCUCUCUUCCCAUUCCCAGCUGAUGCCUGUUGUGGUAGCAGCCUCUUACUUAGAAAUAAAAGAAAAAAUAAUCGGG